ACCGAACACCCAAGUUGACUAUCCCACCCAAUCAAAACGAAACUCUGUAGGCUCUAAGCCUUACAUAAAAUCUCAAUACUCUUUCUCUCCAAAACUCAAAUAACACAAAUCAUUACCAAUUUCUUACUACACAACAUUUAUACCCUUCCCUUCACCAAUAACCUUCCAUGGAAAACCAAACACUACCACCUCUAGUAACCAUGAUGCCUAGUCCAGGAAUGGGACAUCUCAUUCCAAUGAUUGAAUUCGCCAAGCGACUCAUCAAUCAUCAUAACCUCCACGUCACCUUCAUUAUCCCAUCAGACGGUCCACCUUCAAAAGCUCAAAUCACCGUACUCACCUCCCUGCCACGUGGCAUUUCCCACAUCUUCCUCCCUCCUAUCACCCUCUCCGACCUCCCACCUAACACCAAAAUCGAACCGCUCAUUUCACUUACCGUUCUUCGAUCCCUUCCUUCUCUCCGCCAAACCAUUCUCUCCCUUACCUCCUCCCAUCGUAUCGCCGCCCUUACCGUCGAUCUCUUCGGCACCGAUGCUUUCGACGUCGCCGCCGAAUUCAAUAUCGCUUCUUAUGUUUUCUUCCCUUCACCAACCAUGGUUUUGUCUUUUGCCUUUUACCUUCCUCAACUCGACCAAGAGGUUCAAUGCGAGUUUAGAGAUCUCCAUGAACCGGUUAAAAUCCCCGGUUCAACCCCGGUUCAUGGCAAAGAUUUGUUGUACCCGGUUCAAGAUCGAAAAGACGAUGCUUAUAAAUGUUUCCUCUACCACGCCAAGCGAUAUAGGUUGGCUCAUGGUAUCAUAGAGAAUAGUUUUGUAGAACUUGAACCGGAGGUUAUUAAGUUGUUGCAAAUCAAUGAACCGGGUAGACCAUUAGUUUACCCGGUUGGACCGCUUGUAAAUGAAGAUUCAUCUCGAACCGGAGUUGAUGGAGUUGAAAUUGAUAAAUGCUUAAGUUGGUUAGAUGAGCAGCCACGUGGCAGUGUGAUAUUUGUGUGUUUUGGUAGUGGUGGGACCCUUUCGAGUGCUCAAAUGAAUGAACUUGCUAUUGGUUUAGAAACGAGUGAGCAAAGAUUUUUGUGGGUUGUGAGGUGUCCAAAAGAUAAAGUUGCAAAUGUUUCUAAUUUUAUUGCUGAUAGUAACGUUGACCCUUUUGAUUUCUUACCAAAUGGUUUUGUGGAGAGGACUAAAGAGAAGGGUUUAGUUGUUCCAUAUUGGGCCCCACAAGCAAAGGUAUUGAACCACGGUUCGACCGGAGGGUUUUUGACUCAUUGUGGUUGGAAUUCAGUGCUUGAGAGUGUUGUGAAUGGGGUACCUUUGGUUGCAUGGCCACUUUACGCUGAGCAAAAGAUGAAUGCUGUUUUGGUUAGUGAAGAGGUUAAAGUAGCUAUGAGACCAAAGGUUAGUGAGAAUGGAUUGGUUGAAAGGGAUGAAAUUGCAAAUGUUGUGAAGAGGUUGAUGGAAGGUGAAGAAGGGAAGAAACUUCGUAAUAAAAUGAUGGAUCUCAAGGAGGCAGCUUCCAUAGCUUUAAAGGAAAAUGGGUCUUCAACUAAGAAAAUAUGUGAGUUGGCUCUAAAGUGGAAAGGGACACAAACUUUGUCAAACGUCUGAACUUGCUUUUACAUUUUCUUCUAUGCUUUUUAAUUGUUUUUCUUGUGAAUUUAAAUGGUAAAUAGUUAAUCCAUGAUGGUUUUAUGUUAUGUUGGAGGUAAAUCCACGAAGUUCUUUUUGAUAGAGGUGAAAUGUAUGAAUUGUUGGUGCCGAAAGCAAAAGUAUAAACGAUGGAAUCUAUAUUUGGUUUUGUACUCCCAAGGGUUAUUGUCAAAUGCAUGUAAAUUUAUAUAA